AUGUCGCCCCCACUGCAGUACGGAGCAGGCAAAGUGGACGACUCGAACGCCGACCAGGCCGACAACUCGUUCUGCGAUGUCAUCCGCAAGCUGCCUGCGGUAAGUCGUCAUCGAUCUCCCCCGGCUGGCGCGUCGCACCAAACCAAGCCGUACGCGUCGCGUCGCCUCAUCUCGCCGCGGAAAUGAGCUUCCUUUGCGUGGCAAGUCCGCCCGACCUUCACGGGGCAUGGGCCGCGAUCAUGCCAGCAAUUGAUGGGAGGGGCUUCGUGUACUUUGAACUUGAAUUACAUGUAGUGACUCGAAGCACUCGAAUCCACAGACUCCCGCGGGCACGGUCAGGUUGUUCGAUCGGGGCGACUUCUACUCGGCCUUUGGGACGGAUGCCAUCUACAUUGCCACGCAUCACUACAAGGUCAGUCCUGGCCAACGGGUCGGACAUGCGCUUUGCUCAACUUGCAACUGUUCUCCACUGUAUUCCACCUAGACCCAAACGGUCAUCAAGAAGCUCGGCAAGAUCUCGUCCAUCUUCCCCGACGGCCUCCCCGCCGUAGCCAUGUCGAUCGCGGUCGCACAAGGCUUCUUGCGCGACGCUCUGACGACCAAACAGCUCCGCAUCGAGAUCUACCAGUCUGCCGGCGGCAAGAACGCCUCAAAGUGGACUCUCGGAAAGCAAGCCAGUCCCGGUCAUUUGGCCCAGGUUGAGGACUUGCUCUUCGCGCAUACCGACAUGCUCGCCGCACCCGUCAUCCUCGCCCUCAAGCUGCAGGUCAAGGACAACGUCAAGACCGUUGGCGUCACGUUUGCCGAUACGUCGAGGCAGGAGAUGGGUGUCGCCGAGUUCAUCGACAACGAUCUCUUCUCUAACACCGAGGUAGGCUCACUUACUAAUGCCGGCUAGAAAUGGACAAACUUUGACCGCUGAUUACCAACUUCAUCUGCACCAGGCUCUCCUCAUCCAACUUGGCGUCAAAGAGGUGCUGUUGCCCAGCGAGGACAAGGCAGCCGACUAUGACCUCAAGAAGAUCUACACGCUUGUCGAGAGAUGCAACAUCGUCCUCACAGAUCGCAAGAAGAGUGAGUGCACAUUCCCCGUCCGAGAAUCCAGCUUCACGGACUCACCUCUUGGGAGCGAAACCUCAGACGAAUUCACGGCCAAGGACGUGGAGCAAGACCUAAAUCGACUACUGCGAGGCGAUGUACCUGCUUCAACGAGACGUAAGCCCACUCUACCGAUCGCUCCCUCCAACUCGUGCUGAUUCAUCAGUUCGCUGUUUUUAGCUGAGCUCGACCUCAAAGUGGCAAUGGCUUCGACAGCGGCUCUGAUCGCCUAUCUCGGGCUCAUGACCGACGACUCAAACUUUGGCUCGUACCAGAUGGUGACCCACGACCUCAAGCAGUACAUGAAGCUCGAUGCCUCCGCUUUAAGAGCCCUGAACCGUACGUUAACCAUCUCUUUCCGAUUCGGGCUCGACAGAUUCUCACUCGUUUUUUUUUUUUGCUUUCCCCAUAGUGAUGCCCGAUCCAACGGGUAUGGGCUCCGGCGGAAGCAAGAACAUGUCCGUGUUUGGUUUGCUCAAUCGAUGCAAGACGUCACAAGGGACACGCAUGCUCGCUCAGUGGCUCAAGCAGCCCCUGGUGAAUCUGCACUCGAUUCGUAAGUAGAAAACAGUCCAGGUCGUGACUCGAGAGCGUGCCGUAUGCUGACGAUCCAUUUUCCUUGGAUGUACAGAACAACGACAAGAUUUGGUAGAGUGCUUUUUUGAAGACACUGCGCUGCGUCAGGCUGUGGUGGUCAGUUCGGGCGUCCCGCACUGAACAAUUGACGAACCCACCUGAUAGACGCCCUUCUUCUCAUAGAACGACUACCUCAAGUCGAUGCCCGACUUCCAUCGCAUCUCGAAAAGAUUCCAAAAGGGCGCUGCCAACCUCGAAGACGUCGUGCGAGUCUACCAAGCGCUACUUCUGCUACCCGGUCUCCUGACCGUGCUCGAGAACGGCGCAGAUGGAAACCAGCGAUGGCGUGAGCUGAUUGACGAGGUCUACUUGGCUGGAUUGAAGGUGCAUUCUUUGAACCGAGGGACUGCUCGGAGUUUGUAAGCUGUCAAUUUUCACUAAUCCCUCAAUUCUUCGCACUUGACUCACAGGACAAUGCCACUUUCUUGCAACCGAUGCGCGAGAUGGUGGAGGAGACGAUCGACCUCGACGAGCUCGACCGCCAUCAGUUUGUCAUCAAGCCCGAGUUCGACGAGACGCUUCAGGAGUUGAAGCAGCAACUCGAGCAAGUGCGCGAUUCACUCGACGAGGAGCACCAACGCGUCGCUGGGGACCUCAAGAUGGACGCCGACAACAAGGUGCUGCACUUUGAGCUGAGCCCGCUGUACGGCUAUUGCUUCCGAUUGACUCGCAAAGAAGGGUCGGCGAUCAAGAACAAGAGGGGCUACAUCGAGCUCAAGAACCAAACAAAUGGUGUUCAUUUCACGACCAAGCAACUCAAGUCGCUCAACGACGAUCACAAGGACUUGACCAAGCAGUACGAGAAGAAGCAAUCCGCGCUCGUCAAGGAGGUCAUUGCCAUCGCCGCCUCGUACUGCCCCGUUCUCGAGACACUGAACAAUCUCCUGGCCCAUCUUGAUGUCGUUGCCUCGCUUGCUACGUCCUCCCUCAACGCGCCGAUCUCGUACGUCAAACCCGUAGUUUGCGAGCAAGCUGAGGGCAGUCUGAACCUCGUCGACGCGCGUCACCCUUGCCUGGAGGUCAUGGAGGGCAUCAACUUCAUCGCCAAUGAUAUCUCGCUCGAGCGAGGUGAGUACCAAGAGCGUAAGGUCUACUGAGGCUCUCCGCUCAUCUCGUGUUCUCACCGCCCCGCGAUCUCCAGAUGUUUCCGAAUUUCAGAUCGUCACUGGGUACGUGCCAGCUUCUUCAAAGACGAAGGCUUACCAGCUGACAAGCCCUCUGUGCCUCCUUCUAGACCGAACAUGGGCGGAAAGUCAACCUUCAUUCGUUCAGCCGGCGUGAUCUCGUUGAUGGCGCAAAUCGGCUGCUUCGUGCCAUGCACUUCUGCGACCGUGCCGAUCUUUGACUCAAUCCUCUGCCGGGUUGGUGCUGGUGACAGCCAGCUCAAGGGUGUUUCUACCUUCAUGGCGGAAAUGCUGGAGACAGCGGCGAUCCUCAAGUCGGCAACGCGGGACUCGCUCGUCAUUAUCGAUGAGCUGGGUCGUGGAACUUCGACCUACGACGGAUUUGGUCUCGCUUGGGCCAUCUCAGAGUGAGUACACCCCAACCACAGUCGGCCCUUCCAUUUGUAUCCUGACCUUUCCUCUGAUUGACGUUGUAAACAGACAUCUGGCAAAAGAGACUCGCGCCGCCGUACUGUUCGCCUCGCAUUUCCACGAAUUGACUGCGCUCGCGCACGAGAUCCCGCACGUCAAGAAUCUGCACGUCGUCGCGCACGUCGAUCCCAAGCCUGACUCGCUCACGGGCAAGGAGAUCACGUUGCUGUACAAGGUUGAGCCAGGUCAGUGCGAGGGCCCAAAACUUAAUCAGCGCUCUCAGAUCACUGACGAAAUCGAUCCCUUCUCCUCAGGUGUCUGCGAUCAGAGCUUUGGUAUACACGUCGCGGAACUGGCCAAUUUCCCCGAGGAGGUCGUCAAGGUGAGAGCAACGUAGAUGGAUUGCGCGAGAGAGCAAUCGUGAAACUGACAUCGCAUUCAUCUCGCUCAGCUCGCGAAGCGGAAAGCGGACGAUCUCGAGGACUUCAGUGACAGACGUGAGUGCUCGCUGUCUCGGACUGGUGGCACCCCUCCUCUCGAUUCUGACACAACAUGAUAACAUUGUCUCUUGCAGCCGGAGAAGCCGCCACCACCGCCUCAACGCUGCCUCCCGAAGCGAUCGCAGAAGGCACCGCACUGGUCGAAGAAUUCCUCAACGCGUGGGCCUCUGGCAAUACUGCAGCCGUACCAGCUGGAGAAGACAGAGACGCCGAGAUGGCGGAUGCGGACGGUGAAGCUGAAGUCGCGAAGGAGUACGCGUCGUUGCUUAAGGUCUUUGAGACGUACAAAGAUCGGUUCGAGUCGACAGAGUGGACUAGGACGGUCUUGCCUCAGACGUACUGA